GACGUACUACAUAACAUGAAGUCGUUUCUCGUCGCCUAUACAAUUCUUCUUCUUUGUAAGUUCAUACCGCCGGGGAUGCUUCAACUGCCCCCAUCGAGCCAGACAUGCACAAAGGAAGGCAGAUACGAAAUCGUCGACGGAACGUGCGAGAAUUAUUACAUGUGCAUUUACACUGGCGUCGGGUAUGAAGCAUACAACUUGAAAUGCCCAGCAUCAACACGCUUCAAUCCUAUAAUGGGAUACUGCACGCCAUCGACGAUAUUUCCGUGCACGCAAAUCCCGCCAACCACUACUUCAACGGCGCCGCCAACAUCGAUGCCUACAUCAACUGACUCUUCAACGACCUCAUCGCCAAUUCCUUCGACAACAUCACCAACAACGACAGCAUCAGUUUCUUCAACAACCUCAUCGCCAACUCCUUCAACAACGUUACCAACAACAACAGCAUCAACAAUUGCUUCAACGGCAACAACCACGUCGACAGUUCCCCCGACAACGGCAGCAGCAACAACAACGGAGGCUCCGUGUACCGCAAACGGUAGAUUUCCAAUCGCCGAUCCCAACUGUCAGAUGUAUUACUUUUGUAAUAUAAAUGGUCCAGAACCAAUCAAAUAUCAGCUAAAGUGUCCAAACGAUUUGCGUUUCGACCCCAAAAAACAGUUGUGCGUUCGUAGUGAUAAAUGUCCCGUCUCGUAA